AUGAGGAAGUACCGGUUGGUAGCCAAAAAGGGAGAGGGGACCUUCAGCGAGGUGCUCAAGGCACAGAACGUCAAGGACGGGAAGUACUAUGCCAUCAAGUGUAUGAAGAACAGGUUCGACAGCAUUGAUCAGGUGAACAACUUGCGAGAGAUCCAGGCAUUGCGACGACUCAGCCCGAACCAGCACGUGGUCACUCUGGAGGAAGUGCUGUACGACCAGCCCACCGGAAGACUUGCGCUUGUAUUUGAGCUCAUGGACGCUAACCUUUACGAGCUCAUUCGAGGGAGACGGCACUACCUCAAUGGCCAGCUGGUGCGAAGCUACAUGUACCAGCUGCUAAAGGCGUUGGAUCACAUGCACCGGAAAGGAAUCUUCCACAGGGAUAUCAAGCCGGAGAACAUCCUGAUUGAGAGCACAAACGACCUGGGCAGGGGCCUAAAGCUGGCGGAUUUCGGCUCGUCCACGUGUUUUGUUGCGGUGCCUUACACGGAGUACAUCUCAACUCGGUGGUACCGAGCUCCGGAGUGCCUCCUCACAGAUGGCUACUACGGCCCGGAGAUGGACCAGUGGGGGGCGGGCUGCGUCUUCUUCGAGAUAACCAGCCUGUACCCCCUCUUCCCGGGGACCAACGAGCUGGACCAGAUCGGUAGAGUCCACAAGGUGUUAGGAAACCCUUCCGGCGAGGUGUUGGGGAAGUUCAAGCAGAACGGGGCAGCGCACGUGGACUUCGACUUCGCGACGCAAAAGGGCAUCGGGGUGGCGCAGCUGAUUCCCCACGCGUCGGCGGAGUGCGUCGACCUCAUCACCAAGCUGCUGAGGUACGACUGGUCAGAUCGCUGCACCGCCAGGGAGUCGUUGAGGCACCCCUACUUCCGAGAGAUCCGAGAGGUCGACCUAAGAAAGGCACAGGCUGAAUCGACCUCGAAGCUAGCGAGGGGGGCGACGGAAGAUGCCGCAGGCGGGGGCGACUCGGCAACGGUAGCUAGCACAGGCCGGGCCCCUCAGCUCGCGCACAAAACUUCGGUGGGGGAUCCCGGUCAGUCGGACACGGCCCUGCCGACCAUCGGCCAGCAAGGAAGCACGACAGUCGUCGGCGGUGGCGGUGCCGCCGGCGUCGGCGGGAGCGGUGGCGCAAACAACUCUAGCGGAGCAGUUGGCGGCGGCGGCGGCGGCGGCGGCGGAGGCGGGAGUACAAGCAUCGGCGGGCCCGGCGGGGGCGGCGGCGGUGGGAAAAAGCAUCCCAAGAUAGCCAAGACGGGAUCCCUCGCUCGAGGUCUCGGCGGCGGGGGAAAGCACGGCCACGUUGGCGGCAACGGCGGCGGUGACGGUGGCGGCGGUGGCGGUGGAUCUGGUUCUAACGCCGGGGCACAUGGCGGGCACAGCGGGGACGGCGGUGGUGGAGGAGGGUCGCACGGCCCGACCGGCGAGUCCGUGGAGGAACGCGCUUUGCCGCCGAUAACGGGGAUCUUGGGGAACGGCACAAAGACGACAACCGGGGGCGCCGGGGGCGGGGGGGGAGGGGGGGGGGG